UGAGCGGCCCAACACAGCAGUGUACCGGGGACACACCUUGACGUGCUCCACUGGCUUGAAGUCAUAAUACUUCAGAGGGGGGCAGUCCUUCAGCUCGCUCAUGGUGAUGGGUACCUGACGCCUGACUAUAAUGGGAUAAACUGCACACAAACAAAAGGGACAUAGAAACAAUGACGAACGUUUAAGCGUGAACCUGUUACGUCAGUCACCAUUUCUAAUGAGAAGUGUGUAAAAAAUGGCGGUUCGGUUCAUACAUUGCGAACGUACAGGGCCCAAACCGUGAAUAGUGUUGUAAAAUAUCAACAUCUACGACCGUAUUUACACGGUAACUCUUACGUACAUUUUAUGCAAUUACAUUAUAUAAAUCGCUGAGCAACAUUAAUGAACACAUAAGAUAUAUGUGAAUUUUUACAAGCAACGAUAUUUACCGUCAGCGAGUGGCAUCCAUGAUGGAAAAAACCAUUGAUGUAAGAGGGAUGUAAAACGUUAAAUCUCCAUAAGAUUGUGACAGAGUUAUAAUAUUUCAACAGCCAUGUAAGAUCACAAUGACAUUUUUGUGUGUAUUAAAAUUAUGGACAUAUCAAGUUUUCUCCAGUAUUCAGAACGGAUAAUGAUUUUACGAUGCUGGCUCUGACCCGAGAAUGGUAGGGUCGGGUUAAACCAUACUGUGUUUUACUGUAUGGGUGAAAAGAAUACACAAAUUCCGUCUCGCACCCUUUAAUUUAGUAUUGGUAAAAUCAUCCAAUUUAGUUUUAAGAUUAAAUUCUUUACGUUUGUGGCUUUUAAACCAACAGAACCACAAUCACUAAACAAAUACCCCCUGCUCACACCGAAUAAAUGAUUCAUCCUUUAGGGUAUGUUCGUUUCAUUCAAAGCGUACAGUCCACUCGGGUUGCGAGAUUAGACCUAACAGUAGCAGUGUAUCUUGCGUAUGGAAAUCUACUUCCGCUUACAAAAAAGUAGUCAACACAAGCGCACCGUUUCGUUUCUGGUGUGCGUAGGAUUUACGGAAGUGGAGUCACAGGCGUGGCUGAGGAACUGCGGUCUUUUACAGCGAAAAAAUGACAGCAACUCUGCGUCCCUACUUAAACGCUGUGAGGGCCACCCUGCAGGCGGCCCUAUGUCUUGAAAACUUCUCCUCUCAGGUGGUGGAGCGUCACAACAAGCCCGAGGUGGAAGUCAGGAGCAGUAAGGAGCUGCUGCUUCAGCCUGUUGUGAUCAGCCGCAAUGACAAGGAGAAGGUUCUCAUCGAGGGGUCCAUCAACUCUGUCAGAGUCAGCAUUGCAGUCAAACAGGCUGAUGAGAUUGAGAAGAUCCUUUGCCACAAGUUCAUGCGCUUUAUGAUGAUGAGGGCGGAGAACUUCUUUAUCCUGAGGAGGAAGCCAGUAGAGGGCUAUGAUAUCAGCUUCUUGAUCACCAACUUCCACACGGAGCAGAUGUACAAACACAAGCUGGUGGAUUUUGUCAUCCAUUUCAUGGAGGAGAUCGACAAGGAGAUCAGUGAGAUGAAGUUGUCCGUUAAUGCCAGAGCCCGUAUCGUCGCAGAGGAGUUCCUUAAGAAUUUCUGAUGACUGCCUCCACUCAUGUUGCCACGCAAAGUCUAUCACAGCCAAUCAGGAGAGGAGAACGUUGGGCGUACGCAGCCAGUGUGAAGGGAACGACGUAGCCAUCGGUGACACUCGCUGGCUUUGUCUCCAUUUGUCAUCUCUUUAGUCCUGCAUAUCGGUGACUGUACAUCAACAAAUACUUUUUAUACAGUUUCAGUUGUCUGCCACUUAGAACAAACAAAGCAAGGCGGGUCCUUAAAGUAUCGAACAUGCUGAUAUCCACGAAUACUGAGACUAUUGUAUGUAUUGUAUUCACAUCUAUGCCCGUCAUCAGCGUCAUUGUCAGUUUGGCUUCAAAGUCACAUGCGGAAACGUGUUGCGUUUAGUCCCCAAAAUGAAUGUGUAAAAUAAAUACAAUGCCAACGUUUCUA